CUCGCACUGUGCGCACUGCCGGGGCGGGCGCUGCUGCGCCCUGUGCACGGCGGGUCUCGGCGCUCGGCUGCCCACCCCGUCCCGGGGCAGAAAUGGGACUUGCCUGCGGGCUGUGAAGGAGACCGUCCCUCGCCGCCGAGCGACCAGCGAGACAAUAGCUUUUAUGGCUUAGGGAAGUAGCUGAAGCUGAAAAUCCAGUGCAAAUAAAAGUAAACGUGGUCCUUGACAUGAACAAUUGGAACAAACUACUUCCCAUGGUGUGCAAGCUAUGCUUCCAGUUAAAAUGAGAUCUCGAAAAGACAGAAAAAUGAAAACCCACCCAGCCAUUGUUUUCCUCCUCCUCUUCGUCAUCAGUUAUGGCUCUUCUGAAAACUCAAGUACGUCCAGAGGGUGUGGACUGGAUCUUCUCCCCCAGUAUAUUUAUCUGUGUGACCUGGAUGCUAUUUGGGGAAUAGUAGUGGAGGCAGUUGCUGGAGCAGGAGUGCUGACGACAUUGCUGUUGAUGCUGAUUUUGCUAGUGAGGUUGCCAUUCAUCAAGGACAAAGAGAAGAAGAGCUCAUUGGGAAUGCAUUUCCUCUUUCUCUUUGGGACACUAGGACUGUUUGGGCUGACUUUUGCAUUCAUCAUACAGGAAGAUGAAACAGUAUGUUCCACUCGAAGGUUUCUGUGGGGCGUUAUCUUUGCGUUGUGCUUCUCCUGUUUGCUAGCUCAAGCCUGGAGAUUACGUAGACUAGUUCGACAUGGUAAAAGUCCAUCUGGCUGGCAUCUAGCUGGCAUGGCAAUCUGUCUUAUGCUGGUCCAGGUCAUUAUUGCGACGGAGUGGCUAAUACUGACAGUUGUGAGAGAUAAGAAGCUGGCCUGCAAUUAUGAGCCAGUGGAUUUUGUUAUGGCUUUGAUUUAUAUUAUGUUCUUGAUGAUGGUUACCAUGGGAGUCUCUCUGUUCACCCUGUGUGGAAAGUUUAAGAAGUGGAAGAAAAAUGGAGGAUGCCUCAUUAUAACAAUUUUUUUCUCAAUUCUGAUUUGGGUAGCUUGGAUAACUAUGUAUCUGUUUGGCAAUACUGAACUGAGGAAAAAAGACAAAUGGAAUGACCCCACUCUUGCCAUUGCACUGGUGUCCAGUGGUUGGGUGUUCGUUAUUUUUCACGCUAUCCCAGAAGUUCAUUGCACCAUUCUUCCAUCACAGCAAGAAAACACACCCAAUUAUUUUGAUACUUCACAACCAAGAAUGCGUGAAACUGCUUUUGAGGAAGAUAUACAACUUCCUCGGAGCUACAUGGAAAACAAAGCCUUUUCAAUGGAUGAACAUAAUGCAGCUUUAAGAACGGCAGGAUUUCGUAAUGGCAGCUUGGGAAGCCGACCUAGUGCUCCGUUUAGAAGCAAUGUUUAUCAGCCAACUGAGAUGGCAGUUGUGCUCAAUGGUGGGACUAUACCAACUGCUCCGCCAAGUUACACUGGAAGACACCUCUGGUGAAAGGCUAUAGGUUCUAGAGAUAAGAAUCUUUGUUACAAAUGUUAUUCCCUGGCAGUGUGUCUUUCUAAGGGAGGAAUCAAUAAUACCACAGCAAAGCAGCCAGACAUCCAGGAGCUUUGGAAUCCUUGAGAGGAUUUUAUGUAAAUGUGAAUACUGUUAAACUGAUGAGCUAAUCACAAAAACAAAACUCUGCAAAAUUCAAGAUUAAUUUAAAAUAGAAAUAGGCACACUUUGAAAUGGAAGAGAGGACACUGAGCAUUCUUAAAUGUGAGAUAUAUAACCUGUCUGUAACUAGUGUGCAAGGCAAGCCUGAUUUUGGUUGGUUUCCAGCUGUUUGCAAAAGAAACAACCCCCUCUCCCGCCCUAGCUGUCCCGUACCAACUUAAUCCAUGCUGCCAUAAGAGAUUGCCACUACAGUGUGAAAGUAUGCAGGGUUUCUUCCUAUUUUUUUUUCUCUCUCUUCGGUUCAAGUGUCGUGAAGUGUCUUGGUUGCUCCAUUAUCCAUCUCUGUGUAAAGGUCAUCUAGGGUCAAGCAUCAUCAGUCUCUGGCAACUAAAUUACCAUUUCUCAACAAUGAGACGGGGAAAUAAGUAUCCGAUUUGGUUUUGGUGAAAGGAAAUGACUGUGUAUGCUUCAUGCAACUUUGUCAAGCAACAUUUGUGAAGAGUGAAGGUGGAGGCAGAUUACCUCAGCAAUGUAGAAUCAGACACUGCAGCUCAAGGUGCCCUGUUCAUGCAGUCUCACUCCAGAGUACAAACAAACAACCACAUGUUCUCAAACCCUUGAGAAUUUUUUUUACGCAUGUACACUUGGGGACACUAAGUCAAAUUAUGGAGGGACAAGCUUCAGCAAAGGCUCUUAGCUGAGGGGAGAAUGUGGCUUGGGGUUGCCAAAAGGAAUCCCAUAGGACGAUGGAUUAAAGGAAACCUACUGUAUUACAAAGAACUUAGUUUGUGUUCUGAUGGCUGAUCCUGUAAGGUGCCAAGCAAAAACUCAAAGGGAUAGAAAGGUAUUCAUCACCUUCCAGGAGGAGCUUGGUAACUUGCGGGAUUGGACCCUCUCUUCCUAUUGUUGGAACUGGUGCUGAAACCCCUGAUCAUGGGAGUAGCCCUAUUGACUGGAAUUGUUUGUGCAUCUUAAUGUAUUUGUGUCUUUUAAUGCAUAGCUAGUAGUCUCUCCACUCUGGAGGUUCAGGGUUUUGUGUGUUUUGGAGUUGGGAUAAGGUAGACUCUUUACCAAGGCUUAUCUAGGCUAUGUAACAAGUUCUUACUGCCCAUUAUUCUUGCCAUGGUUUUCGUUACUUUAAAGCCAAUCAUUCCUUUAUUAUUUAGCAUUUAAUACAUAUCAAACAUUGAAAGCAUCAUUGUAUCCUCAUUAUUUGGUCAAAAUUACUCCUAGCUUUCCUAGAUACGAAAAGCAACUGUUUUUACAUGAGGGUGUGGGUUAUGUAUAAGGGUAAAAUUUUGCAUAUGUUGUAAUAAAUAUAUAUAUAUAUAUAUAUAUAUUCUAUUUUCAAAUGAAAAAUAAAAUAUACAGAGAAAACUGAAUAGCUCAGUAGCUUCACAGAAGGACACUAUUUGCUGCAUACUGCAAAAAGAAAAAUAAGUUGUUUUAUUUUUUUUUAAAGGCUCCCUGUUUCUUCAUGUACCUCAUUUCUACGUAAACAGACCUAAUCCUGUAGUCUUAUACUCACAUGAGUAGGCCCUAUUGACAUCAGUCGGUCUACUCACAGGUGUAAGGGCUGCAGGAUCAGACCCUAAGCAUUACACACAAGAUAUAUUUUGCCAUUCUUGCCAUGAUCACCUUAUAGGGUUUUAUUUCUAACAGCCCUUCUGGUUCAGGAACCAUACUUUUCUGUCAUGCAUGAUUAAAGGAACAUGUUAGAUCCAUGUCUGAUGUUCCCAAUAAAGGCAAAAGUGGAAGCAUGUGCUUGCUUUUAAGGGAAAAAUGGUUUUAGUCUCCUAUUUAGGUAACUAGAUUACUCAGUUUCUUAGACAGACUAGAGGUGGAUAUUGCAUGCUAUCCAGUAAUCUAGAAGUACCUCUAGCUGUUAAAGUCGUGAUCAGAUAAAAUGAUAUUUUUGAUAAUUAAUGGUUACUAUCCCAGAAACUGCAUAAUUUGGAGUAAUAUAAAACCUAAUGGUGAUGUGUAUCUGCAAAAGUUUCAUUUUAAAUCUUCAAUUUAAAAAAUGUUAAAUUAUCUGAAAAAGGUCUUUAUUGUAAAAAUGUAUAAGAUGACCAUGGCAUAAAUGGGAGGGCAGCUUUCUUUUAAGAGAUUUAUCAUGCUACAGCUGAGAAGUAUACAUUCAGUACUAUAAACAUUUUAUAAAACCUUGGAUAAAUUAUUUCCAGGAUAGUUAUUUUGUAAACAUUUGCGUGGUGUUCCGUUUUCUAGAUGGGACUGGAUUAACAAAGUAAGGGCCUAGUCCUGCUCCAUAGGAAGUCAGUAGGAGUUUGAGGCCCUAAGUGCAGACCAUGCCAGAUCCUGCAAACCUUUGCUCAUGUAAUUAGUCUAGGGUUGCCAAGCCUCCAGGAUUGGCCUGGAGUCUCCCGGAAUCGUCAUCAGUCUCCAGGUGAAUAUUGAAAGCAAUC